AUGACCUCACCCGCACCCGCACCUAUAUCCCCUCCCCGUCGCCGCAUUGUCGGCGUCUCCACAAAGAUGUACUUCUCCGCCGCCCGGACAAAGCAAUACGUCGACGAGCUACUACAAAUCCUCUCUUCCCCUUCAACCCCUCUAAACAACAUCGACAUCUUCAUAAUUCCUGACCACAUAACCCUCACCUCCGUCAUCACCCAACUCCAACGCUCUCCCAUCCCCAUCCUCCCCGGCGCUCAAGAUGCCUUUUACGAAGAUAUCGGCGCCUACACCGGGGAAAUAUCCCCCGCAGUCCUCAGCGAAGUAGGCUGCCGCAUCGUAGAACUAGGCCACGCCGAGCGCCGCCGUAUCUUCGGCGAAACAGAUGCCGACACCGCACGCAAGGCGGCAGCUGCGGCGCGUAAUGGUUUGAUCCCGUUAAUCUGCAUCGGAGAGCGCUCAAAGGCAGAUGGAGAUGAGGGUGUUAGAGUUGCCGUCGACGAGUGUAGAACGCAGGUCGAAGCUGUGCUCGCCGCGCUCCCUACAACUGCCGAGAUGGUAUUAGCUUACGAACCCGUCUGGGCGAUCGGUGCGGCGGAGCCCGCGGGCGCGGAGCACGUAGUUGCUGUCACGCAGGCUAUCCGGGGUCUGGAGUGCGUGCGGAAUAGGGAAGGGAAUACUAGGAUCCUAUAUGGAGGGAGUGCUGGGCCGGGGCUUUUCGCGCAACUGAAGGAUGGGGUGGACGGGCUGUUUUUGGGAAGGUUUGCGCAUGAUCCGGCGCAGUUUUAUAAGACGAUUGUGGAGGUGGCUACGGCGUGA